UUUAAUAAUAAUUUUAUAUCUACUGGAGGUGAAAAUUAUCCAUUGAUUUUAUGGUGGACACCUAUUGUAAUGCUAGAUAAUGUGCCAAUACAUAUAAAUUGUGAAUGUAUGCUGACAAACAAUCGGAAGUUUGUGGAAAAAGCUAAAGCUAUUAUUUUUUAUGGUUCACAAUUUGAUAUUUACGAUUUACCGUUACCAAGAAAUGGAACCAUUUGGGUUUUAAUCAACGAUGAAUCACCGAAAAAUAAUCCGUUACUUUUAUUUAAUGAAACUUUAAAUCUUUUCAAUAUAUCAUCUACAUUUAGCCGAUAUAGUAAUUUUCCAACAACUUUACAAUAUUUUUCAUCAAUAGAUUCUCUUUUAGAUACAAAACACUUCAAAUCAAUUAAGGAAAAAAAUGCAUUACAAAAAAAGGGUAUAGCUCCGAUUAUGUAUUUGCAAUCGACUUGCAGUACACCAAUUUUAAGAGAUGAGUAUGUAAAACAAUUAAUGGAAUAUGUCCAAAUUGAUUCUUACGGAGAUUGUUUAAAUAAUAAACGUUUACCAGAAUCGUUACGUGAAGAUUACCUGAAUAACUUUUACGGUUCAGAAAUAUUAGAAUUUAUGUCAGAAUAUAAAUUUGUGAUAGCAAUUGAAAAUGCUGAAUGUGAAGACUAUAUAACUGAAAAAUUAUGGAAACCUUUGGUUGCUGGUGCUGUACCUAUUUACAAAGGCGCAUCUACUGUUCGGGAUUGGUUGCCAAAUUCAAAAUCUACAAUUUUAAUAGAUGAUUUUGAUAAUAUUAAAGAUUUAGCUAAAUUUAUUUUAAAAAUGAAUUCCAAUGAUACAUUAUAUAAUGAAUUUUUAAAGCAUAAAACAGAGCAUAUUAUUUCAAAUACAUAUUUGAUUCAAACAGCAAAUAAAGAAAAAAUCGCUAUAGAAUGUUUUAUUUGUGAUAUAUUGACGAAUCAACAUUUAUAUAGAAAUUCUCUUUCUGUAUCCACUAAACAUUACAAUUGUUCCAAUCCACGAAAUCAACAUUCGAACAGUUGGGCAUGGUUUUGGAAACAUGAAAAAUCAGCCGGUAGCAGUAUUUAA